UCUUGGCAUCGGGAGCUUGGUGACUGUGAUGUUGCCAGGGUGGAGCAGAUGUGCCAGGAGAGAGAGGCCUGUGAAGUGGCUGCCGCUGUGAGGGUUCUGGGACUUGCCUCUGGUAACAACUACAUUCUCCUAACGCUUGAUCAGCAUGAAUUUCAACAGAUGUCUGUAUAAUAUUGGGGAACAGCUGGGCAGUGAAGACCUGGCUGCCCUCAAGUUCCUGAGCCUGGACUACAUUCCACAUAGGAAGCAGGAACCCAUCAAGGAUGCCUUGGUGCUAUUCCAGAGGCUCCAGGAAAAGAGAAUGUUGGAGGAAAGCAACCUGUCCUUCUUGAAGGAGCUGCUUUUCCGAAUGAAUAGACUGGAUCUGCUCACCUACCUGGACACCAGUGUGGAGGAGAUGGAGAGGGAGCUUCAGAUGCCGGGCAGGGCCCAGAUCUCUGCCUAUAGGGUCAUGCUUUUUCAGAUUUCAGAAGAUAUGACCAAACAGGAAUUGAAGGACUUCAAGUUUUUUUUGAGCCAGAAGAUCGCCAAAUAUAAGCUGGAUGAUGACAUGACCUUGCUUGAUAUUUUCAUAGAGAUGGAGAAGAGGGUCAUGCUAGGGGAAAGAUACUUGGACACCCUGAAAAGAAUCUGUGAGCAAAUCAACAAGAGCUUGCUGAAGAAAAUCAACGAUUAUGAAGAACUAAGCAGAGAGCAAGGAAUGAGCCUUGGAAGAGGUCCAGAUGAAUUUUCAAAUGAUGUGUCACAAUUGUUCUUAAGUGGGGGCUCCGUUGAAAUGCUGGCCAUGUCGGACUCUCCAGGAGAAAAGGACAGUGAGUCACAGACAUCGAACACAGUUUACCGAAUGAAAAGCAAACCUCGGGGAUACUGUUUGAUCUUUAACAAUUAUGAUUUUAGCAUAGCAAGGAAGGAUGUGCCCAAACUUCACAGCAUGAAGGAUAGGAAUGGAACAAACUUGGAUGCAGAGGCUUUGAGAAAGACCUUUAGUGAGCUUCAUUUUGAGAUAGUGCAUUACAAAGACUACACUGCGAAGAAAAUCUGUGAGGUUCUGAAAUCCUACCAAAGCAUGGACCACAAUAACAAGGACUGCUUCAUCUGCUGCAUCCUCUCCCAUGGAGACAAAGGCAUCAUCUAUGGCUCCGAUGGGCAGGAAGCCCCCAUCUAUGAGCUGACCUCUUACUUCACUGGUUCAAAGUGCCCUUCCCUUCUUGGCAAACCCAAAAUCUUUUUUAUUCAGGCUUGUCAAGGGUAUAACUACCAGAGAGGUAUAGCUGUUGAAACUGACUCAGAACAGAAGGAAACCUAUUUAGAAAUGGAUUCAUCCCUUCAGAAGAGAUAUAUCCCAGAUGAGGCUGACUUUCUGCUGGGGAUGGCCACCGUGGACAACUGUGUUUCCUACCGAAGCCCCAUGGAGGGGACCUGGUAUAUCCAGUCACUUUGCCAGAGCCUGAGAGAAAGAUGUCCUAGGGGUGAAGAUAUUCUCACCAUCCUUACCAAGGUGAACUUUGAACUGGAAGUCAAGAGAAUGGGAAUCAGGACAAUAUAAUUUUCAUGCAAAUUCAAUCUAAAUCUCUGGCUUUGCAAUAGCUAGACAGUCAUAGCUGUAGGCAUGAUUUUAAUUGUAUCUUUAAUUUGAUGAGAAGGUUUAAAAAUGAACUUGUAGUAGAUACAAAAAGUAUAGUAAGUUUAAAAGAAAUGUCAAAGAUCACUGAGGGGGAUAUUUGUGAUCUGAUCUGGCUAAAAAAACCCCUCAUGUGUUGAGGUUGAGGGUAUAAUGCUCCCACAUCCAGCCUGAUUGCUGGUGGUGAGUGUGACAAACUAUCCCAGAAACAUGUGAGCUUCUUCUCCUGCGCCAUGAGCUGACUUUGCUUUUCAGUGGUGAAAGACACCACUGUUUAGACUUAGAUUUCAAAAACCUAAGCAUGAUUUUCCUUGUUUUUAUUACUCAUAAGUACAGUAUUCAGCUCACUUUUAAGAGGAAUGAUGUUAAUUGGAUAUUGGGCUUCCCUGGUGGCGCAGUGGUUGAGAAUCUGCCUGCCAAUGCAAGGGACACGGGUUCGAACCCUGGUCUGGGAAGAUCCCAAAUGCCGCGGAGCAACUAGGCCCGUGAGCCACAACUACUGAGCCUGCGCGUCUGGAGCUUGUGCUCCACAAUAAGAGAGGCCGCAACCAUGAGAGGCCCGCGCACCGCAAUGAAGAAUGGCCCCUGCUUGCUGCAACUAGAGAAAGCCCUUGCACAGAAACGAAGACCCAACACAGCCAAAAAUAAAGAAAGAAAGAAAGAAGAAAGAAAGAAAGAAAGAAAGAAGCUUUCAUUAAAAAAAAAUUAAUAAACAGAAACCUCUGUUAAAUAGAGUAGGGAAACCAGAAGUUUAUUUUGGAUCUGUUGCUUAUUAUUUUGUCCAUUCCCUCUGCUGAAGCAAUCACCAUGUUUUUUUGAUACCCUUACCUUAAAAUACAGCUCUUGGCUCAUGUGACUUUUCUAGCAAUAAAAUUUAUUAUUCUUUAUUCAAUAAAAUUUAUUCAAUAAAAUGUAUACUUAGCCCUGGGGCAGAGCUAGGCUUAAGUGUAUUUGGGGGACAGGGGAACCUGCCAGCAGAGCCCCAGUACUAAACAGGGGGAAGGACGGGUGUAGGUCUUACACAAAGUUCUUCUUCAGCAUCGUGGUGCUAGGGGUGGAUAGGGGGGCAACCCCCGGGCUCACAAGAUAAGUCUGGACUGAGCUACACUAUGAGCAGCUAAAUUCCGGUCUUCCAAAACUGCUCGUAGCAUCUUAGCAUAGACUCUGGCAACAUGGGAUGAGCGUAGUACGAGUAGCUGGGAGUCCGGGUGAUGACGUGGGCUAUGCUACACCAAGAUUCCAGGUAAAGACUCAGACAGGAGCAGCUCCACACCCCAUUUCCCAGCCUUGACUCCAGGGUCUUCAUGCUACCUCCUGGGAGUCCAGGGUGGGAAGGGCUUUAAGGAUGACCUUUCCCAGGGAGUAUCUGCAUUUAUAUGAGUGAUUUGUGAAUAUCAACUAAAUCUGAUCUGAAUUGUGUUGGGCUAGGAUGUGGAAUAGGUUUAUAGAGCCCCCAAUUCUACCUCAACUAGUCCUCUAGGUCAGGGAGCAGUUUCCAGAGAUUUCUCUCUCUUUUUUCCAUUUAUGAAGAAGCUCAGUGGAGGUAGGAAAGUGUCCUAUAGGGCACUAUGUAUGAUCCAGGCUCUGUGCUAAGUGUUGGAAAUAUUUAAAAAAUACACAGCAAUAUAUGACUGUA